AUGGCAUCAGUCAGGUGUGAAGAACUACAAAGUGACAUAGAACCUUUGCAUAUAUCAGCCCCCACCUCUCCUCCACCCGUUUCUCUCCUCACCGCUUCCCUUUCGAAACAAGCCCCUCCCUCCCCCUCUCUGAUCUGCUCCUGGCCUUCCUCGCCCCGCUCCCUGUGGGAUGAGUCUCGUGAGGUCACAGCCCGCCUCUACUCCUCGCUGCAACUCACCCGAGACCUCCAGGCCAAAGGUCAACCAUCACCAGGCCACAGUCACAGACAGGUGUCAUUUCAGUUUUCUUCACAGCUGGGGGGGGAGGGAGGGGGUAAGGCUAGACCCCCCCUGAACCUCCACACCCCCUCCCCCGGGGGGAAACAGGAGGAGGGAGAGGAAGAGAGGGUGUUGGUAGAGGAGAUGGGUGUUAAUCUCCAGACCAGUGUGGACUACAGCAACAGACUGACUAAUGGCAGGAGACAUAUCCAGGACAUGGAGAACGUCAGAGCUCACCUCCAAACCAUGCUGAGAAGCACACCUACAUUGGAGGCAGAUGAAGGCAGCAGUGUUACAGGAAGUCCCAACCAGUCAUUUAACAGUGACAGCACCUCACAGCUACUCAGUGGUGGGGUAGGAGGUAUAGAGGAGUUGUUCCCGCGGUAUUCUUCUCGUCUGCGUUCUGACAGUGUCUUCUCCUCCCCGGAAACCACUGUCCUGAGGGAGAGCCUAGACAGGGAGAGGACCAGCCGCAAGAGUAAGGCUCUGGAGCUGCAGCAAAGGUUGGCUCUCGCUAUGUCAGCUGACCGGAAGAAGGACAUCAUGAUCGAGCAGCUGGAUAAGACCCUGGCUAAGGUGGUUGAAGGCUGGAGGAAACAUGAGCAGGAGAAGAGUGAGGGAGUGAAGAGACUACAGCAGGAGAAGGAGCUGGCGGAGAGACGACAUACACAGCAGCAAGAGAGCCUUGCUCAAUUAGAGCAGUCUCUGGCUCAGGUUGCUGAGGCGCUGGAGCAAGAAAAGAAACACUCUGAUGAACUACAGAGAACCAACAGACAGCUGGUGAGUGUGUGUGAGCGAGACGGGCUGCAUCUACAGGCCCAGGAAGCCCAGGCUGCUCUGACCUGCCUCCAGGAGCAAACAGCCAAUGAGAGAAGAUCGCUGGAGGACCAGACAGUCCAGCUAGCCAAUCAACUGCAAGAGGAGAGGGAGUGCAAGCAGCAAGAGGAGCAGCAUUUGGUGGAGGUAAGACAGGAGUUGGAGGAGGUGAGAGGAGAGUUGGCCAAAGUGAGGGGGAGACUGCUACAGCUGGAGGAGGAGGAAGUAGACUCGCGGAGAGAGAGGGACACGGAGCGCAUGGACUGGGCUCUGGAACAGGCCCGGUUUGAAGCCCAGCGUUCUCAGUUGGAAGUAAAGCUGAAACAGGAGACUGAGAGACUGUCAGCUUUACAGCAGGAACACAUUGCCCUGAAAGAACAGCACAGGAAGCAGCUGCUGGACCUGAGUGCUCGCCAUGAGAGAGAACUUUCCUCCCAGUUACAGCAACACCAGCAGCACACACUCACACUCACCCAGGACUACCAGACCAGGCUGGCCCACUCCAAGCAGCAGUCUGUUUUGUUGGAGGAGAGCAGGAGGAGGCUCGAAGUGCAGAGAGAGGAGCUUGUGAGCAGACUGCAGAGUUUACUACGCUCCCAUUGGACAGAAGCGCUGAGACUGCUCAGCACACAGGCAGAAGGGUCUUCUCUUCCUUCGCUGUGGGACGAGCCCAAAGACUGGAUGAACCAACAUCUACUACAGAAACCAUCUAGUUCACACAUUACAGCACAGUACAGAGCUGCAGCUCACACGCACAUGGUGCAGAGAGAGCAGGAGGGGGAGGAAGUUGCUCGCUUGGCACAAGACGCUCAAGCAGUGGUCCUCCGACUCUCCAGAGAGAGGGGGGGAUUAAGUGGCGAGGGCGAAGCAAGAGCGAUAACAGAGGGAAGAGAGAGAGGAUGGGGGAGAGGCGCAGGAGGAGAAGAGAGUGGAAUCCUCAGUGUGCUGAACCACACUCUCUCCUUCAACCCUCUGGAGCCACAACUAGACACCACCAACAUGACAGCAGGACUUGAGGAGUUGUGUGACAGAGGGGGAGAUCUGAGGGGAUGGGUGUCAGAGGAGGAUGAGGGAGAAAGACUGAGAGCUGGAAGUGGAGAGAGGCAACAGUGGGCGGAGAGGGGUUCCAGCCUCAACUCUGACCCCAGACCUAACUCUGACCCCAGCCCCAGCCCUAACUUUGACCCCGAAAGGAGGAGUGAACUACAGUACUAUGUCUCCAUGUUAUUAGAUCGUUCUCCAGGAGAGCCCGUGGAGAGUCCAGCUCAGGACAACACAGGUCUGGGGUCGUCGUGGGACAGUGUGAAGUCUCAGCCUCACGCCCCUCUGGACACCCCCUCCUCCCCUGGAGACAAAACCAGACACCCCACACACACUCCAGCUAACACAGGUCUGGUGUCAGCCCAGCUCAGGUCUCUCCUGGCGCAGUUCCCAUCCCAGCCUGACAGGGAAGCGCUCUCUCUGCAGUUGCUGUCUAUGCUGACCCAUGGGUCUGAUGGUGAGUGUGAAGAGAAGCCGAGCCGCCUGAAGAAGAUAGACCCACUCCUCCGGAACUCUGGGGUGUCCCGGGUAGCUAGUCAGGGGUCUGGGGUGAGGGGUCAGGUGCCGGGUAUGAGGGGCAGAAGGGGGUGGCAAGGAAGGGGGGGAGCGUGGAGAUGAUGUUUUUUUUAAAGCUGUUUGAAUGUUUCACCACAUCACAUAUGUUUGUGACUGUUAUUAAAAUCCACUUUUUCUA